GAAGUAUACGUGGGAGAGAGAGAGAGAGAGAGAGCGCGCGGGGGGAUUGAACGAAUGAGAAGUAGCAUGCCUGCUUAGAGAGGAAGGAGGAUGGUAAUGGGCGAAGAGCACAUGAGCCAUGUUGGCCGUGUCAGUUUGUUUAUAUAAUGCAAGUGUCUCGUUGCCUUUGUUUCAUGCACUAGCUAUUAUUAUGGCCACCACCAGUGUAAAGUGUUAGUGCCAUAAGCUAAACGAGGCUGAGUCCCUUCGCCCUAUAUUCCUCCUAUCUGUGGAGGAGAUCUGUUAUGUGCGAGCACAGUCUUGGCUCCAGUUCCAGUUGUUCCAGUUUGGGAAUAUAAUGGUGCGGGAAUGGGAGUCGACGACGCCGGGUAUGGACUUUGCGGGAAUGGGAGAUUCCUACUCUGUUGCCCCAUCAGCAGGCGUUACACCAGUCGAAGACGAUGCUUCUCCACCCUAUCUUUACGGUCUUCCUAUCUCCGACACUCCCGCCGUCGACGACUUCUUUCCCUCGUCUUUCAACGCCGCAACUGAGGUGCAAUUCUACAGUACGACUUCGAGCAAUCACUCCUUUGCCGACAAUUUUCAGCCUUUCUCUGGCGAGACUACGAACUCCUCUUUGGAUUUCCAAUCCAAUUAUAGCCCAUUCAAUUUCCAUAUCCCGUUCGAAGAGGAAGCAGAGCUGGCAUGGCUGUCGCAGUUCGUGGAGGACUCAUUCUCCGAUGUUCCUUAUCCGUACACCUGCCAUGUCACGCCUUCGGGAUACAACGACCGCCGCGCCGACGAUUGCACAGCCGGCCGCGCAGCAAGAAGCAAGCGGUCGAGAAGCAGCAACCCUUCUUCUGUUUGGUCGUCGCUGACUCCGCCACCGCAGCCUUCGCCCUCUUCCUCCUCUUCGUCCUCCGUCGACAUCCCGCAUUUCUUACCAGAUUCGGCGGGCACAAAGGGAAGCAACGUUUGCGGGCGAGCAGGCGGCAGUAGUAAUAGUAGCAGCGGCAGAGGGAGGAAAGGUGCAGGGGAACAUCACGGCGGUGUGGUGGAUGGAGGAGGGCGGCGGUGCACGCACUGCGCGUCGGAGAAGACGCCGCAGUGGCGGACGGGUCCACUGGGGCCGAAGACGUUGUGCAACGCAUGCGGGGUGAGAUACAAGUCCGGUCGUCUGUUGCCGGAGUACCGGCCGGCAAGCAGCCCUACCUUCGUAGUUGCUCAGCACUCCAAUUCCCACCGAAAGGUUGUGGAGUUGCGCCGCCAGAAGGAAUUCCAUGGCCACGUAAACCACUUGACUCCAUCCGGACCAGAACAGCAGCUCCUCGAUGACAAGGGCGUCAUCUGCUGACGCCACGACUCCGUUGCGGCCGCCGCUGUUUCCCGAAUCAUGAUUCUCAUCGGCAACGAAGUUCUUGGGCACCUUUCUGUUCAUUGCCCUCGAAUUUUGAAAAAAAAACAAAAAACACUAGUUGCAAGUACUCUUUAAUUAACCGGCAAUCUUUAUUUUGUUCUGCUUAAGCUGUAACAUUUCUGGAGAGUGAGAAAUCUGAUUGCUCUUCCAAUAAUUGUGGUGACGAUGGACGGACGGAGGGAUGAUGAAUGAGAGUAAAGACGGGAAGGUUGGGAAAACAAUUAAAGUUGGAGCCUGUAUAAUUUUGAACUCGCCAAGUAAUUUGCAUGAAUAAAAUAAAAUUAUGUGCAACGCUUUGAUGUA